AUGAAUGAAGAAGGGUUAAAAGUCGAGUACUUAUCGGCGGGUGCCAACCGGCAUACUGCCGUCGCGGAUUGGAGCCAAGAUGGCGUCGUCGCCUACGGCGCUGACUCCAACAUCGCUUUGUGGCGCCCUCACGACAAUGCACCGAGAGGAGUCACCAGUCUUCUAGCAGGGCACACGGGCGUUGUGAAAGCCGUCAAAUUUCUGCCCAAGGCUGAAGGAGAAGACCAGAGUUACCUGCUCAGUGGGGCUGACGACCACAGUCUGAGGAUAUGGACACUCACAGUAGACAGUGUAGCCUCGUGUAUCCAGACAAUACACGAGCACACGGCUGCGGUCAACUGUAUAGCAACACUCCACCCGCGAGGCAAGCCGGGCUUAGGGACGCGGAUGUUCGCCACAGGCGCGGCGGAUGCUUCGAUCAAAGUAUGGACAUUCGACGGAGCCGAGGCCCGCGUGGUGCAGACGAUCAAGCCCAACCCCAAAUUCUUUCCGCUGUCAAUAGCGUUAAGUAAGUUAGACGAGGACGGUGAUUCUUUGGUUCUGGCCGCUGCAGGAACGCGGGACAUCAUCCAGAUCUUUGUUGCCAGCUCGACCGACAGCCCCGAUUUCCAGGUACAGGCGACGCUAUCGGGCCACGAGGGCUGGAUCCGGUCUCUGGACUUCACCCGGGAGAGUAGUCGUUCGAACUCGGACCUGAUAUUGGCAUCCGCGAGUCAGGACAAGUACGUCCGUCUGUGGCGGUUCCACCAAGGCAAGGAGCUCCCGGCGGCCACAGUCACCGGUGCGGAUGCGUCGCUGGGCGCUUUCUUGCCGGGGAAGUCUCCCUCGAAUAAGGCUUACCGGCUCAAGGCGGGCGAGGCCGACUUCUCGAUUACCUUUGAGGCCCUUCUACUAGGUCACGACGACUGGAUCUACAGUGCCAAAUGGUAUUCGGUACCCGACACUGGAAAGCUUCAACUCCUCUCCACUUCGGCCGACAACACGCUAGCUAUAUGGGUAGCAGACCCAUCCUCAGGCAUCUGGGUGACGACGGUAAGGGUGGGCGAGAUAAGCAGAGAGAAGGGUGCCACGACCGCCACUGGAAGCACUGGUGGUUUCUGGACCGGGCUCUGGUCUCCCGACGGCACCUCGGUAACCUGUCUUGGACGGACCGGAAGCUGGAGGCUGUGGAACUACAACAAGGAGCAGGACCAAUGGGUACCAGAAAUCGGCAUAAGCGGGCACACGAGAGCAGUCACUGGCAUAUCAUGGUCGGGAAACGGCGACUACUUGCUGUCGACGAGUUCCGAUCAGACGACGAGAUUGCACGCGGGCUGGAAGACGGGAGGGCCUGAUGCUGCCAUAACAUGGCACGAGAUGGCACGACCGCAAAUUCAUGGCUACGACCUCAACUGUAUUGACGCGCUCGGGAACUCACAGUUCGUCUCCGGUGCCGACGAAAAGCUGAUGCGCGUCUUCGACGAACCCAAAGCAGUCGCGAAGCUGCUGAACAAGCUGUGCGACAUAGGCGGUGGUGACCACAUCGAAAGCAUGCCGGACGCGGCCAACAUGCCCGUUCUCGGCCUUUCCAACAAGGCCAUCGAAGCCGUCGACGACGACACAGAAGUCCAGGCAGCGAAUCCCGAGGCGGAUCGGGAGGCGCUGGAUCCCGGCUCGACGGUGCGCAAGUCGGCACUGGACAUCGACCACCCGCCUUUCGAGGACAGUCUCUCGCGGCACACGCUGUGGCCCGAGACCGAGAAGCUGUACGGCCACGGGUACGAAAUCUCCUGUCUGGCGGUGAGCCACGACGGCAGUCUGAUAGCCAGCGCGUGCAAAGCCAGCUCCAUCAACCACGCCGUCAUCAGGCUGUUCGAGACGGAGAAAUGGACCGAGGUGAAGCCACCGCUGACGGCACACUCUUUAACGACGACCCGUCUGCGAUUCUCCCCCGACGAUCGAUUCUUGCUGAGCGUGGGCCGAGACCGACAAUGGGCCGUGUUCGAAAGGGACGCCGACGACAGACUGACCUACAAGCUACUGCAGUCCAAUCCCAAAGGCCACUCGAGAAUGAUACUCGACGCUGCCUGGGCGCCCGCCACGGCCACGGACUCGCUCGUCUUCGCCACCGCCGGCCGCGACAAACAGGUCAAGAUCUGGCGGAGAAAAGGCUCCUCGACCGACGCGGCAGAGUCUGGCAUUGUUUGUGUGACUACGAUAACGGAGACUCACCCUGUGACAGCCGUCGAUUUCCUGCACCGCAACACCGAGGAUGGGACUUUCUUGCUGGCCGUUGGGACCGAGACUGGCAAAGUGUCGAUAAAUACCAUUGACUCGACUUCGCUCGCAGUUUCGUCAAGCUUGAACCUGAAGCCAGAAUUCUGCCUUGCGAAAGCUGUCCUCCAACUCGCAUGGAGGCCUCAAUCCACCUCGAACGAGCUGGCAAUUGCGGGAGAAGACAGCUCACUCAGACUAUAUUCUUUCGACGAUCCAAAGAGAUGA